GCACAAGUCUGUGAGGCCAGCCGUGGGUGAUCAUCCUUUGUCCUCCUUCUGGCCACCCAGGGGAAGGCUUGGGCCGGAGCCCUCUGCGGGCGGAAGCCUCUGAGGGAACCAGGAGCAGAGACUCACCUCACCCACCGAGGAGAGACCGAGGGGAGACUUCCGGCCACUACCCUGGAGGUCCUUGCGCCUAGUUCCCUUCACCCGCCCCAGGGAGAGAUGCAGAAAAACACUUCACUGCCGCCCGCAUCUCCACCCUUGGCCUCGAACGCUCUGCAGGGUGCGGGCCGGCAGGCCAGCCCAUCCGGAACUUCUAGCGAGAGUGAGACUGGGUGCCCAGCCAGCCCCAAAGUCCGCCAGAAACCCAGCAUAUCCAAGGUGAUCCUGGGGGUUGUGGCCCACAAGGGGGCGCACAGACACGUGACGCUGGCCACGCUGAAGAAGGCUGUGGCCACCGCAGGCUACAACAUGACCCGAAAUGCCUGGCACUUCAAGCGAGCGGUCAAGGGGCUGGUGGACAAAGGCAUGCUCAAGCAGGUGACCGGCAAGGGGGCCUUGGGCUCCUUCCGCAUUGGCAACAAGUAUGCCUCCAAGGUCAAGGGCAGGUCCCAGAGCCGGCGCCAGUCUGGGCAGCGCCGGUCUGGGCAGCGCCGGUCUGGGCAGCACCGAUCCGGGCAACGCCAGCCUGGGCAGCGCAGGUUGCAAGCAGGCUCCCAGAAGGGGCACAAGCGACUAAACAAGGGGGUUCGCAGGGUGGCCAGAUGUCGCCACAAUUAACUAGGCAGGCCAGGCAAGCAAGCAGGGGUGCCAGGCCCGCCAAAGGCUCAGUGCAGUGGAAAUAAAAGGAGCCUAACUUAUUUCA